UUGACGAAAUAUACACCACAUAAAAAGCUCAAGAACUUCCGUUUAUUCGACACAGUGGGCUUGGGUAAAAGCUAUCGACAAGGUUUCUAUCUUAAGCCUGUUUUAAAGGUUGUUAAAGGCGAUAUUCGACCUGAAGACAAGUUCAAACCUUCCACUCCAAUUCAUGAAGGAAGUAAAGAAUUCCGGUCAGAUCCAUAUAGAAAAAGGAGAUUUCAUUGCGUUGUUUUUGUAUGUGAUGCCAAUGUUAUCGGACCGGACAAUAUUUCAAGAACAAAAAUCAAAGACCUGAAACAUGAGUUACAAUCUCUAGACAUACCAGUAAUUGUGUUACUAACCAAGAUUGACGUAUUGUGUGAACUGGUUGAAGAAGAUAUUGAGAACACUUACAGGAGUAGAAAAGUUAAAGAAGCUGUACUUUUAGCACAGGAGUUGUUCGAUGUUCCGAAACAAAACAUUUUUCCGGUUACAAACUAUAAAGCUGAAAUGAAGAUGGACGUCAAGAACGAUAUUUUAUCACUUCUAGCUCUGAGGCAAAUGAUUUCCAUUGGAAGAGAUCCUUUUCUGCGGAAAAAAGUGCCGAAGAAGAUCAGUAGAAGAAACAGGAAUGAAACACCGCUGUUACUACUAUGACUAGUAUUAAAUCAGG